UUUUUAACAGCAGUCAGACUACAUGGUUCACUGUAACUGUGCUAAAACCCCCUCAUUUCGUUGUGAAAUCACUCGUUCACUUGGGAAGGAGUUUGUGAACAUGGUGACAGUCGGCAUGUUAUCGGUUCUCCUCUUUGUUUCAGGUGCUUUGGCAGACUGUACAAAACAAGCAGACCUCUCCAUAACUGCACCAAAGAAGCUGGAAGCACUGAGUGGAUCUUGUUUGCAAAUCCCAUGUAGCUUCAGAUGCAAAGACGAACAGACAUUUAUCAGCACAAGAAAAAUCUUUGGAGUGUGGAUUAAAAAUGAUUCUAGAUUUGGCGAAAAUCCAAACAAUGUGAUCUUCAACAGUAAUGGAGCAGUUAGCAUCUAUCCAAUGAGUAUUACUGGGAACCUGAGUCAGAGAGACUGCACCACUCUGUUUUCUAAUUUAACCACCACAUACACAGACACAUACUUCUUCAGAGUAGAGAGAGAAAGAUUCAAGGCGACAGGUCAGUGUGAUCCUCUUCAAAUAACAGUCAGAGAUUCUCCUUCGAGGCCCAAUAUUACAAUCCCAGGUGAUCUGAAGGAGAAGGAGUCUGUCACUAUAACCUGCUCAGCUCUCACUCCCUGUCCACACUCCCCUCCUCAACUCACCUGGAAUCUCCAACAAGACUCUCACAACAAAAUAGAGGAAAACACAGAUGGAAGCUUUACAACUAAAAUCCAGCAGAACAUCACUCUGUCAGACACACAUGAUGGAACGAAGAUCAGCUGCUCUGCCAGAUAUCCUGUGAACCAAGGAAACGACACCAAGACAGCAGAGACAGAAGAGACUCUCAGUGUUUCAUAUGCUCCUAAAGACACCUCAGCAUCCAUCAGUCCAUCAGGUUUGGUGUCAGCAGGCAGCUGGGUGAAGCUGACCUGCUCCAGCAGAGCCAAACCUCCAGUCAGCAACUUCACCUGGUUCAAGAAGAGCAGAGAUGGAGCUGUGAAAGUAUCUGAAGGAGAGAUUUACAGCUUCAAUGUAACAGAUGGAGGAGUUUAUUACUGUGUGGCCACUAAUGAUCUGGGUAAUCAGACAUCAGCAGAGCUUCAUUUGACUGAAGGUGGAAACCAGGUUGGUGUCUACACUAUAGUGAAGACUGUGUUAAUCAUAAUGCUCGUGAGCACACUGAUGGUUUUUGUUUGCUGGUUCAGAUCAAGACUCUCCAACAAUCCAGAAACUGAAAGCUGUCAGAUGAGCAGAGUCACAUCACAACACAUCAACUAAAGUUUCUUCAGGAGGACAAAAUCCACCUGAAAAUAUCAGUAAAUUCACUGCAGUGAUGUUCAACAGUUUUGCUUUUUGUGUAGAGAUGGUGUUGCAGGAAUGGAGACAUUUUCUUUGUGGACAAGUUCAUGCCGGUCCUCAACUGGACUGAAAUUUUUUAAUAGGACCUGCUUCACUCUAAGGUCAAGCAUUUUAUCCAUGAACACUGAUCUAACCCUACACUUAUGUAAGACUGCUGCAGCAUGAUGCUUGGACAAUCCUGGCAGUUUCCACUCUGUUACAGUUUCAGCUGUUUUCCUAACAUUAGUGUUAGAUUCAGAAUCAGACUUUAUUUGGCCAAGUUUGUGCACACAAACAAAAAACAAGGAGCAAGUUACACAAAGUAUUAAGAAACUAUACAAAGUAUUGGUACCAAACUGAGUGGUGUAAUAUGCAUAUGUGUUAUGACCUGAAUGAUGUAAGAGUGGGUCAUUUCACAGUGUUCAUCAGAGUGACACCUGGGGGAGGAAACUGUCUCCGUGGGUUUUGUAAACAGUGGUUUGUAGCGCCUGCCUGAAGGCUGAAGUUUGAACAGUUAUUUCUGGGAUGUGAGGCCCUUGUGGAUCUUUGCCAAAACAAUUACAAAUAUUUGAAUGCCCCGAGGUGCUCAGGCUGAGGUGGGGGAAUAUCAGUGAUUUACAAGUGCAAAUUAAGUUGUCAUCCAUUUACUCUGAGCUCAUAUCAUCCCUUCAAAUCGAAGUAUGAAAAUCUAUUUUGUUGUAUUAUUAUCCACCAACCUCCUAAGUCCUGCGAUGACUUCUUUAAUUAAUUCUCUCAUCUAUUUUCAUAUAUUGCCAAAUCUCACCAAUUCCCUUUGGUCAGUAAUUUUGAUUUAAACACUGAUGAUAGUGCAGCAUGGUAAUGGUCCCACACAUAAAAGCGAGCACCCCUGGAUCAUGUUUUUACUCCAUCUUAUCUACAACCUCCCUGCAUAUGUUGUCACGGUCCUGGGCCAUUGACCCAGUGUUUAUUGUUGUCUGUGCCUCCCUUAUGUUUGGUCUCUGUGUGUCUUAGUUGCUCUGUUUCCCCUGUCAUGUGUAUCCCUUAAUCAAGUCCGCGUCUCAGUGUUACGUUUCCUGCUUUACUUUGAAAGUCUGUGUCCUUGGUGAAUGUAUUGAGUUUUGCUUCCCUUUGGUCUCGUCAUGUCAAGCCCUGUGUUUUUCUGCCUCAUGCUGUGUGUUUCCUUGUGUGCCUCUUGGUGAAGUUUAGGUUUUAUUCUCCAGUUUACUUUAGUCCUGUAUGAUUUCUGUGUGUCAGCAAUAAAGCUGCAUUUUGAGUUAUUCCCAUGUGUUGAGAUUUCUGCAUUUUGGGUCCUCAUCCUGUCUGCACACAGCCGAAUCAUGACAUAUGUCUGAUCUACUGGCCACACAUUUGUAUUUUUUGACAGAGUUUUUCACUUACUGUUGUUCCCAGGAACAAACUGUUCAGUCUUGUAUCUUUAAGGAGAAUUCAAGAGCUGUAUCAACACAUCAUUUUUCAGAUGUCAGUGAUUCACUUCAUGGGUCUAAUAGUCUAUGUUAAUCAUCUAUAUUAAGUUUUAAUAUAGAUGAGUAAUGCAAUUUGUAGGAUUCUUCUCUGUCUCAAGCUGACUUUACAGAAUGAAAUUCUCUAAAUGAUCUUAUUGUGUCUCCAUGUAAUCUUUAAAGCAAUUGUUGCCGAGUUUUCUGUUGUAUACAAUGUUCUAAAUGUACUCUGUGAUCAUGGCAGGUAGAUGCCUUCUCUCUGUAAAUAUUCUAGACUUACAAUCCCUCUGUGUCAGAGGGCAUGCAGACUGUGGUCAUGCUGUCUGUACUGUUGUUGAUUUCUUUGCAAAGGUAAAUAAACUGGUAAAGAGUU